AUCACCAGACAACUGGAGAAGGCCACAGCACUCUCCCUGGCUGAGCAGAAGUCGCUGGCCGACUUUGUCGGACGUCUGCAUGUCGACUUUGAGGCCUACACCGAUAAUCUGGCGCCCAAAUUCACCGCUGGACUGGAUCCCGAGUCAGCCGCUAUGCUGGCCAGUCUGAAGAAGAAGUCACGGUCAGCGGAGACCUACCUGGCCGAACUGGAGGAUCAAUUGGAGUCCCUGAGUACGCAGGUCGAGGAGGAGGCUGCCGCGGAGAAGUCGAAGUCUACCCUGCCGCACGAGUCCAACUCCAGGUAG